GGGCUUCUCCUCGUCGGUAGUGGUGCAUAACUUCGAGUCAAUAUGAUCGCUGAAGUAUGCACUCGUUCAUCCAUCACAAACCAAGGAGAAGAAGAAUGCGGAUGGGAAUGGUGGUGAACGAAGCUUAUCUCUACGAAGAAGAGAAGCAACUAACAGUUUGCAAGACAUCGCUCUUCUUCUCCGGCGACGGUUUCGCCGUCUACGACUGCAACGGCGAGCUCACCUUCCGAGUUGACUCGUACGGUCCCCACCCGCGAGAGAUGGAUGGGAUCGUCCUCAUGGACGCCACCGGAAAGUGUCUCCUCACCGUCAGAAGAAAGAGGCCGACACUUCACCAGAGGUGGGAAGGAUUUCUCGGCGAGAGAUCGGACGGUCAGAAACCGAUCUUCAGCGUCAGAAGAUCGUCGAUUAUCGGACGGUGCACAAUGACUGUGGAGGUAUACGACGAAGCCGGUGAAGAAUACAUGAUCGACGGAGAUUCCGCACAACGAAACUGCGUUAUGUACGACGCGGAGAAGCGUGCAGUGGCUGAGAUCAAACGCAAAGUGGACGCGUCUACAAACGUGAUUCUUGGACGCGACGUGUUUUCUCUCACCGUUAAACCCGGUUUCGACGGUGCGUUUGCGAUGGGGUUGGUGCUCGUGCUUGAUCAGAUCAACGGUGACGAUUCGGUUGAGGAUGAUGAUAUGGAAAAAAAGGUGCACCCCGUUACAGAGGAUUAGUGCUUCAUGAU